UUCAUGUUAUUUAUUUGCUAUACUUACAUUAGUUAGACCGUAUGGUGACAAAAUAAUUUUAAUCGAAUACUUGAAAGUACUGUAUCGUGAGUAUUAAAUACUUGUAAGUACUGUAUCGUAAGUAUCGAAUACUUGUAAGUACUGUAUCGUGAGUAUCGAAUACUUGAAAGUACUGUAUCGUGAGUAUCGAAUACUUGAAAGUACUGUUAACAAUGUGUGCGGUGUGGUACUUGAGCGUGCUAGUGCUGGCCGCGGAAGUCAACUCUGCAGUUUUGGAUAUUAAUAAAAGCACAGAGUUGACCCGCUGCUACCAGUGUGUGAGCAGCAACAGGACACGGUGCGAGGGCGUCGGUCCGUCAGUCCUGUGCCCCGCCGGCCGGGUCUGUGCGACCACAGCUGCGCCCCCGGGUUACGAGUCAUCGCUCACGUGCGCGGCGGCCGCUCCAUCCUGCUGGCUGUCGGGCCUGCGCCUGACGUGCACCUGCGCCGGUCACCUCUGCAACCGGCCCUUCGCCCCCCACCUCACCGAAGAAUUGAAAAACCUCCCUGAAAACACCACUCUUGAAGCCUUCUUCAAUUCAACCUUACUUGCGAAUGAAUCUACGAAAUUGUACGAUACAAUAACGGUACAAGUUUCGAAUUUCUCGAUGCCCCGGGCAGAGGCUCUGAAGCAGGUGACUCUGUCGCCUGAUGAUGAGGACGAUGGGGAGGGGAGCGGAGCGUUUGAGGACAAGGUCCCUUCGGCCCCCGCCGCACCGAGCUCGUUCCUGCCUUCGGAGCACAACGACGCUACCGUUUUAGGGUUAAAAUCACUCUUGCUUUUACUACAUGUCGCGCUCGUGCUAAAAUACUCUUAAAAUCCUCUAAGGAAAAUUCAUAUUUUGUUUAUAAUGUACAUAAAUAAAGGGAACAACUUAAAAUUGUAGAGUUAUAUACGG